GAGCAAGUCAACAACAUUCGUUCCUUUUUACAGUGACACGGUGUCUUGAGGUUUAUAUUGAGUGUAGUUCUUUGAUUUAAAACUUGCUUAAAGAUGAAGUUUUCUGAAGCUAUGAUGCACGAUUCUAUCUGGUUUGAAAGACCACAAUACGAAGAAGCUCGCGAACACUACCAAAUGUUCCUGACGAACAAUCUAACUCACCAAAUUUCAAAACCUCAUGAAGAAGAAGGAAUAUUCACAAAGGCUACUAGUGCUGUUGCGCAGGUUGCCAGUAGUGCUGCUUCAGGCCUUAUCAACGAUAUAGCCAAAGCUAGAGAUACAAUCAAACAAUCUCUUUCCAAUGUUGCUCACCAAGUUCAACAUGUGGUAACUGCUGAGAGUGAUUCACAUAUCGCUAAACUUGAAACGGAAAAUUUGGAUUUACGAAAACUGAUUGCUGAUCUUGCAAAACAAGUAGCUAAUCUCGAUGUUCGUGUUUCGAAAUUAGAAGGUAAAACUGGACAAACAUCAAAGAAACCUGAAGAUGAUGACGAUGAUGAUUUUGAUUUGUUUGGAGAUGAUGAUGAAGCGGAGGAGGAGACAGAAGAAGAGAAGAACAAAAAAGCAGAAGCGCUUGCCAAAUACAACGCAAAGAAGGCUAAAAAACCUGCUCUGAUUGCUAAAUCAUCCCUCUUGCUCGACGUAAAACCGUGGGAUGACGAGACCGAUAUGGCGGAAAUAGAGCGACUUGUUCGGGGUAUCCAAAUGGACGGAUUAGUAUGGGGCGCAUCUAAACUCGUCCCUGUUGGGUAUGGGGUCAAGAAACUACAAAUAUUAUGCGUCGUUGAAGACGAUAAAGUUGGUACUGAUGUUCUGGAAGAAGAAAUUACGAAGUUUGAGGACUAUGUUCAAAGCAUGGAUGUGGCAGCUUUUAACAAAAUUUAAUAGUGUUGUAACCAUGGUGACUAGAAGAUGUCUAUCACUUUU